AUGCCCGAAGAAACUCCAGAGGGCUACAAGGACCCUCUCCUCGGCCGGCCGUUCCUCGACGGGAAGCGGUUCCAGUUCAACCCGAACGGGACGUUCGAGGUGAUGGAGCCGAGUCGGGAGGAGGAGGAGCCCAGGGACGAGGGGCCCAGGGAAGAGGAUCUCAGGGAAGAGGGGCCCAGGGAAGAGGACCUCAGGGAAGAGGGGCCCAGGGAAGAGGACCUCAGGGAAGAGGGGCCCAGGGAAGAGGACCUCAGGGAAGAGGGGCCCAGGGAAGAGGACCUCAGGGAAGAGGGGCCAAGGGAAGAGGGGCCCAGGGAAGAGGGGGCGACGGCUGGGCUCGAGGACACCGCCGCCACGGAGGGCCGUCGAGGAGGCCCGACGCCAAAAGUCCUUCUGCGCUGA